AUGGGGGCAAGCACUUUGGAGUUGGUAUCAGAUGAGCUGGGCCUUGAAGCCUGGUUAAAAUAUAAUAAAGCAUCAACCUGUAUUGGUUUCUGUGAAAGAGUUAUCUUCAUUAAAUCAUUUUCUUUCUCCCUAGGCAAUGAGAAGCACGAUCUUUAUGUUAUCCCGCAGCAGGGAAGCCUUGAACCAGUUGUCCAAGACCUGGCCCAGGUUGUUGAAGAGGCCACAGGUGUUCCACAGCCUUUUCAGAAGCUUAUAUUUAAGGGGAAAUCUUUGAAGGAAAUGGGCUCACCUUUGUCAGCACUUGGAAUACAAAAUGGUUGCCGGGUUAUGUUAAUUGGGGAAAAGAAUAACCCAGAAGAACAGGCUGAACUAAAGAAGUUGAAACAUUUGGAGAAGUCUGUGGAGAAGAUAGCUGAUCACCUGGAAGAGUUGAAUAAAGAAUUUACUGGAAUCCAGCAGGGUUUUCUGGCUAAGGAUUUACAAGCCGAAGCUCUCUGUAAACUUGAUAGGAGAGUAAAGGGCACAAUUGAGCAGUUUAUGAGGAUCUUGGAGGAGAUUGACACAAUGAUCCUACCAGAAAAUUUUAAAGACAGUAGGUUAAAAAGGAAAGGCUUGGUGAAAAAGGUUCAGGCAUUCCUAGCUGAGUGUGACACGGUGGAGCAGAACAUCUGCCAGGAGACCGAACGGCUACAGUCUACAAACUUGGCCCUUGCUGAGUGAGGUACAGUGGAGAAAGGCUGUACUGUUCUGAAUUGCAGCACCACCGCUCUGGAACAGAAGUUGCCUAUUUUCUCCAGGGUUGCCAGAGUCAUCUAGUCAAUUGCCAAUUUUCCUACUCCUACACGGGUUCUCAAUGAAAAUGUACUGUCUUUGCAAUCUAAAGUAGAGUUGCUUGUGUGUUUUCUCAUUUUGUGUCCGGGUGGCUGUACAAUCCAGCAGCUGCCUUUUCUAGACUUGGCCUCCUCGCCCAUGUUUUAUCA